CUUGAAUCGGGAGGAGGGGGGCGCUGGGAGAUCGCGGGAUCUCCUCUCAGUGUUGUUCUGUCCGAUGGCUCUGCGACUCCUCGUUUGCAGUGCCCUCCUCUGUCUCGUCGCGGCGAACUCCAGGGUUCGUCGGAUCGUCGGCGGCGAAAAAGCCCAGGAACCCCCGAGUCCCAGCGAGCAGAUCCCCUUCACCACCCCCGAACCCGAUGACAGCAGUCCUCUGGUGUUCGUCAAGACCAACAGGAGGAGGGCCGAAGUCGUCGGCAAUAGGAAUCCUGAUGGAACUUACAGUUUCCUGGGCAUUCGUUAUGCCAUGCCUCCGACCAAGAACCGUCGUUUCGUGAGACCAUUGAGAUUGAAACCAAAAGGUCUAAUAGUAGCAAACAAAUUUGGGCCUCCUUGUCCACAAUGGUGGCGUGGAAGGCUCGUAGGAGACGAAGAUUGUCUACAUCUGAAUGUUUUCACUCCUCAGCUACCUGAGAAUAAUAGCAGUUCAACGCCUUUAUUACCAGUUAUGAUGUGGAUACAUGGAGGGAAUUUCAAAACAGGAUCAGCUGCGCAAUAUGUCCCCUUGAGAGAGCUCUUAAGCCGUGGCAUUGUUGUAGUCACAGUGCAGUAUAGGUUGGGCACUUUGGGUUUUCUGAAAUUCGGAAAUCAAAAUUUGGGAGGAAACAGUGGCCUUUUUGAUAUAAGUUUGGCUGCACGUUGGGUAAGAGAGUACAUUCACUUCUUUGGAGGUAACCCAGGAAGAAUAACCGUAGCAGGUCAAGGAUCUGGCGCAAGCUCUGUUACACACUUAUCUUUCCACAAAUAUUUCGGAAGGCAUAUAAAGGGAAUAAUAUCAAUGAGUGGUGGUCCAGUUUCUCCAUUCGCAUUAGAUCAAAGUGCAGACAGAUCCGGCGGUGAAGUUGUGCAAGCAAAUAGCUGCACUGGUAGAGGAAGCAUUAGUACCGUUCGCUGCUUGCAAGCUUUGCCAUUUGAGAACAUCGUUCAAGAGGAUGGUAACAUUGAACAAGCAAAGAAGAAAGGGGAGAAAAAUGUAGGCAAGAAAUUGACGAGCCUUUUCCUUUCUGGACCAAAUGUAGAAGGAGCCGAUGACAACAGAUUCCUCCCGAAUUUCAUCGUAGAGCCUCCUUUAGAAGCUGCUUCCCAUCAUCAUAUUCCCAAUAUUCCUCUUCUGGUAGGAGUCACUAAGCAAGAGACUGGAGGUGGUGUAAAAGGCAACUUAUUGCAAGAUAUUACUAGUCUAUUAACAACAGCAACUUUCAUUACACAAGGAAUCUUCAAAGAUUUGUUGACUGCAAAUACUGGUCUUUAUGUUAACAACACUGUCAAUCCAGGUUUAAGUAAGCUUUUCGACAGUAGUCAGUAUUUACAAUUUUUCGAUACUCUAAUCGGCAGUGCUCUUAGUGGCAUAGAAAAAGUUGUCCAGCACACAACUGAUGCACUUUUCAAUUUGCCAGCAUUUAUUUUAUCCAACUUCUGGGCUCAAAAAAAUAAAAACGUGUAUCUCUACAGUUUCGAACACACUCCAGCUAAAUCCAUUGCAGAUUAUUUCUUAAAUGGAAUUACUUUAGUUUCAAAUAUAUCUUCACAAGAGGGCAACAAUAAAGGUCCAUCUCAUGGUGAUGAUUUAGCCUUCCUUUUUGAAGUGAGAAACAUCGAUGGGGAGCCAUUAAAUAAUGUUGAUAACAUUUUAAGUGAAACUGACCAAAAGGUCAGAGAUCACUUCGUAACUGUUGUGGCUGAAUUUGUUAAAACUGGGAAACCAAGAAUUGAUGGAGCUAACGACUGGUCUCCAUUCAAUACUGAGGAAGGCAGUUACAUGAUCAUUAAGGAUAAUCCAAAAUUGAAAAAGGGAUUCCGAAAGUGUAACAUGGGACUGUGGACUGGAGAUGCUGACAUGUUGAAGUCGACUGAAUGCGCACUCAAUGGAGCCAGCGAAAUUGUUACUAAUACUCUCGGUUCUGCAGGCACUGGUCUUUUAAAAGCAACUACUGGCGUGACUGAUGGUCUGUCUAAAACAGUCACUGGAAUAGGAUCUACUCUUACAGGUUCGAUACCUAAAGGUACUGGUGGUCUCCUUGGUGGGUUAUACAAAGAACCUGCUAAAAAUAACAAUAAUAAGACCCCAAAUCUAGGCCUUGGAGGGCUGUACCAAGAACCUCCUAAAAACAGUAAUAAAAACCCUACCUCUGGCGGACUCGGAUCCAGCUUACUUAAAAACCCAUUUGGUUAGAAAAGCUAUGAGUUGUUAACAUGUUGACUGCCAACUAAGAGAUUAUUUGUAGUUUCAUUUAUUGCCUAGGAAACCAACAACAAUGUAUCUCAUAUCUACAUUUAUUAACUCAUAGUUGGAUUUUGUUAAGAGUUUUAUUCUUUAUUUAAACUUUUUGAUGAUUAGAAUGUACAGCAAACUUCCUUUCAUCUGACACGUUUAGGACUU